CUCAAGCUGCUCCUGCGUUGCUAAUGUAGAUCUUUUACCAGGAGAACCGGGUUAAUUUCGUAGCAAUACUGCCCGAUAUUAUUUUGCAGUCCGUAAUAAUAUACAUGACGCUGUUGGACGGUGAGCCCACGAAGGAAUACCAGGUCGGGAGGACGCUAGGAUAAGUAUAUUAUUGAUGAAAAUGUCAUAAAAUAGCUCGACGAUAAUGUGUCAAAACAUCUCGUAUUGCGUCUUACGAAUGAUAAGAUAUGAGUUAAUUUAGUGAGGCAGUCAGGGUCGGUAUCACCUGCUUUUUGACACUUCCAGAUGACAGCUGGAAGCCACAGCUAUUACAGUAUUGAGGACAGAUAACAUUACCAGGAGGGAUCUGGCGUUGCUCGACUUGGUUACAGUUUUAACUUCCUAAUGGCAAAGGGAGAAUGCACUACACAGUGGAGCAAAACAGAGGACACCUGUUCAACACUGCGGAACAGGAAAGCCUUUCUCAGCUCAGAGAAGCAGCAGCAGGACUCCCAACCAAAGGAUGGAGACAACAGUCAAACUGCUGGACACUCAUCAAAGGAUGGCACCCAGUCCUCGAACGGGACAUCGGCUCAGUGGACGGACAGAGGGACCGACCCUCCCAGAAAGGAGACCCAUAGCUCAGUGUUGCUGCUGCUGGUGACGGUGCUUUCUUUCUCCACGCGCCUCUACAAGAUAAUGGAGCCUGCACACGUGUGCUGGGACGAGACACACUUUGGAAAGAUGGGGAGCUACUACAUCAACAGGACCUUCUUUUUUGAUGUCCAUCCUCCUCUGGGGAAGAUGCUGAUAGGUCUCGCCGGGUACGUGACAGGUUAUGAUGGUACCUUUCCCUUCAUAAAGCCAGGAGACAAAUAUGAACACCAUAACUACUGGGGGAUGAGAGGGUUCUGUGCCGUGCUGGGCUCCUUCCUCCCCGUCUUCGCCUACCUCAUAGUGCUGGAGCUGUCUCAGUCCCGCACCGCUGCGCUCAUCACUGCUACUCUGCUCAUAUUUGAUACUGGCUGCAUCACUAUUUCCCAGUACAUCCUGCUGGACCCCAUUCUCAUGUUCUUCAUCAUGGGAGCGGUGCUGAGCAUGGUCAAGUUCAAGCAGCAGACCCACAGGCCUUUUAGCGCACCCUGGUGGCUGUGGCUGGUACUGACCGGUGUAAACCUUGCUGGGGCGUUGGGGGUGAAGUUUGUGGGGCUGUUUGUCAUCCUGCUGGUGGGACUGAACACAGCCUGGGACCUCUGGGGACUUCUGGGAAACCUGCACCUCUCACUGGUGGACAUCGCAAAGCAUUUCCUGGCUCGUGUUGUCGGACUCAUCCUGCUGCCGCUGUUCCUUUAUGUUACGAUAUUUGCGAUCCACUUUGUAGUGUUGAACAAAAGCGGACCAGGAGACGGCUUCUUCAGCUCUGCCUUUCAGUCUCGUCUCAUAGGGAACAAUCUACACAACGCAUCUAUGCCUGAGUACCUGGCGUACGGCUCCACCAUCACUGUGAAAAACCUACGCAUCGCCGGAGGCUACUUGCACUCGCACUGGCACUUGUACCCAGAGGGAGUGGGCGCCAAGCAGCAACAGGUCACAGCCUACCUCCAUAAGGACUACAACAACUUGUGGCUGGUCCACAGGCAGGAUGAGAAUAAUACACAAUCUGGGGCUCCUGAUCUGGUCCGCCAUGGUGACAUCAUCCGAUUGGAGCACAAAGAGACGACCCGUAACCUUCACAGUCACCUCCAUGAGGCACCGCUGACCAAGAAGCACUUCCAGGUCACAGGCUAUGGCAUUAACGCCACAGGAGACGCCAAUGACCUGUGGCAGGUGGAGGUGUGUGGAGGCCGCAAGGGAGACCUGGUCAAAGUGUUGCGCAGCAAAGUGCGCUUCCUGCACAGAGCUACCGGCUGUGUGCUUUACUCCUCCGGCAAGACACUUCCCAAGUGGGGCUGGGAACAGGUGGAGGUGACCUGCAGUCCUUACCUGAAGGAGACUCCCAGCUCUCAGUGGAGCAUCGAAGAUCACAUCAACCCCAAAUUGCCCAACAUUAGCCUGUCCUUGCUGAAGCCCCAUUUUCUGGAGAUCUUACUGGAGUCACACAUUGUCAUGAUCAGGGGAAACAGUGGCUUGAAACCCAAAGACAAUGAAAUGAACUCAAAACCCUGGCACUGGCCCAUCAACUAUCAGGGAUUGAGGUUUUCUGGUGUCAAUGAGACGGAGUAUCGUGUUUACUUGCUGGGGAAUCCUGUGGUCUGGUGGAUAAACCUGGCUAGUCUGGGGCUGUAUGUGAUCAUGGUGGCUGUGGCGUCUGUAGCCCUGCAAAGAGGUGUUCCACUGGACCAAAGAAGAAGAGAGCAUUGUUGUGUGCUCAGGAGAGGAGGAGGCCUGCUGCUCCUGGGUUGGCUGCUGCACUACGCACCUUUCUACACCAUGGGACGCAUCCUCUACUAUCACCACUACUUCCCUGCCAUGCUUUUCAGCAGCAUGCUAACAGGAAUUACAUUACAUAUCCUGUUGCAAAGUACUGACUUCUUGCUCCGCCCACCUUAUUCUUAUUGGCUGCAAAAAGUCGGCCAGAUGCUUCUUCUAUUUAGCGUCCUCUACAGUUUCUACCUGUUCCAUCCACUGUCCUACGGCAUGAGGGGGCCUCUGGCACACGAGCCUGCCAGCGCCAUGGCUGGACUGAGGUGGAUGGACUCCUGGGAGUUCUAGCCAGCUUCACUCCACGACACUAAUGAUGUGUUAAAUAAGAACUAUUUGAAAUAUGAGGGACUUUAAUCAAACAUAUUUCACACACACUUACGUUCUUAAUAGUGUUUACAGACUGAACUAUUUUUCUUAAAGUGCACACUACCUGUCCAAGUAUUUAUGUGGUCAAACAUUUCCAAGUAUAUUAGUUUAUGACGUGUAAAGAAAGACUUGAAUCAGUGCAAUACAAGAGCCGGAGCUGUAUGGAGUAUUUCAGAAUGAACGUCUAGACACUAAUCAUCACCAAACUGCCUUAACAUGGAACAGGUACUUCACUCUGAGCUUGUGUCGCAAUAAUAAGCUAAAGUGCCUGAAAGGAGCUGUAGUACAAGUUAACCCUUAUUUUGAAAUGUUUCCACCUUGUAUUUCUCUGCUCGUCCGUUUGAAUGAAAACACUUUUUGGUUAUCCAAGACAGUAAAUGUCAGUUCUCAGUGGUCUUGAUCUUAGUGCCCACUAUUUUUGUAUUGUAUUUAGCCGUAAGUGCUGUGUAGGACCGUCGGGCUUUUGUUUGUUACUGCAAGACUUCUGCUGACUGUGAUGUGUUCAGUCCUGUGUGAUCAAUAAAUUAAAAGAUCAUA